AUGCGUACCGAACAGGCACAGAUAAGACUGUUUCUAUCUAUCUAUCUAUCUAUCUAUCUAUCUAUCUAUCUAUCUAUCUUAGUCUGUUCUAUUCAUCUAUCUCAGUCUGUUCAUUAUUCAUCUAUCUAUCUAUAUUCAUCUAUCUAUCUAUCUAUCUAUCUAUCUAUCUAUCUAUCUCAGUCUGUUCAUUAUCCUCAUUCAUCUAUAUCUAUCAUCUAUCUAUCUAUCUUAGUCUGUUCAUUAUUCAUUAUCUAUCUAUCUAUCUAUCUAUCUAUCUAUCUCAUCUAUCUAUCAGUCCAGUCUGUUCAUUAUCUAUCUAUCUAUCUAUCUAUCUAUCUAUCUAUCUAUCUUAGUCCAUUAUCUAUCUCCAUCUGUUCAUUCAUCUAUCUAUCUAUUAUCUAUCUAUCUAUCUAUCUAUUCAUCCAUCUAUCUAUCUCAGUCUGUUCAUUCAUCUAUUCAUAUCAUUCAUCUAUCAUCAUCUAUCUAUCUCAGUCUGUUCAUUAUCUAUCUAUCUCAGUCUGUUCAUUAUCUCAUUCAUCUAUCUAUCUAUCUAUCUAUCAUUCAUCUAUCUAUCUCAGACUGUUCAUAUUCAUCUAUCUAUUCAUCUAUCUAUCUAUCUAUCUAUCUAUCUAUCUAUCAGUCUGUUCAUUCAUUCAUCUAUCUAUCUCAGUCUGUUCAUAUCUAUCUAUCUAUUCAUAUCUAUCAUUCAUCUAUCUAUCUAUCUAUCUAUAUUUGCUAAUGAGUAAGAAUUAG